AUGGCAAGAAAUCCUGGCCAAUAUUUUUCUGGGGAUCAAUACCUGUUGGGGGAUUUAGCAUAUGCACCGAGUCAUAUCAUUAUAUCUACCUAUAAGAAGCCGCAAAAUGGAUUGAUAUCAGCAGAAAACAAGCAAUUUAACUACAAGCAUGUCAAUGCACAGGUCAAGAUUGAACAUUGCAUUGGUAUUCUAAAAGGGAGGUUCCAAUCCUUGAAAAGCUUAUGGAUCUUGGUGAAAAACAAAUACGAUGUGGCUAAGAUUGGGAUAUAG